AUAGCACGCCCAGAGCACAGAGCUUAUUCAUGUCAUCACACUCGUGCACCGUAGAUUGACCUCAUAAGAGCAUAAUUUUACCAAAAUAGCCUACGAAAGAAUAUCAGUUCAAUAUCGAGAUUCUCUAUAAAACCAAGGAGCUUCCAACACAUUUAAAACAAGCAUUAUUUUGACAUAUAAGAAUAACUGUAAAAAAAUCAGAGCUUCGUGUCAGCAUAUCAUAUUAAAACUCUACUGCUCCCGUAUUCCAAAGAGGUUUUGCUUAAAGAGGAACAAGAUGACGUCGUUUUUGAAGGGACUUGGGAACAUUAUAGAUGCAUUCGACAAAUCAGCAAAUGAAGAGUUCGAGGUAACGAGGGAAGGCCGAUCUUUCAAGAUACUGAUUGAGGGUCGUUUCCACAAACCCUCCGAGCCCUGGGUUUAUGAUGUUACAGCAACCGACCUGCUAACCAACACAUUUCAGAAGGUGAAACAUUACGACAGGAAAGAAGAUGGCGUCAAUGAAGCCAUCAACUCCGUCAUGAACACCUUGAGAGAGAAGGGCGUUACAGGAACGCAUGGACAGACAACACUCGUGUUACAGACUUCUCAGCCGGACCCUUUUGUGUACAACCUAACCCGAAGUGAACAGAUUAACCAAGCCCUGAUGAAAAUGCUGGCUAAGAAGGGUUUCGUAGCUGAUCCGAACCCAGAGACUCCUUCAGGAUCUAGUUUGCCUCCUCCUCAAGCUUAUCAGCAGAUACCAACAUCACCUCCUCAGUCUCUUCAUCAAACAAGAGCGACAAAUAACCAACAAGCAAUGUAUGGCAGUGCUAAAUCGUCUCAGAAAUUUCCUCUCCCGGAAAAUCGAGAAUCAGUAUUAUUACAGUAUGGUAUCCAAAGUAUAGAUCCUGAUGUGGAUGGCCUGUAUACCUCUGUUAUCCCUCCAGCUCAACCUGAUCAGACAAUACUUGAUCCGAGAUCGACUUACGUGACUUGGGAAUCACCAAUGAAGGGAUUCGUUUAUAUCUUGAACAACAGUGAGUUUCCUGAGCUACCUGAAAGAUCGAGGAUAAGAAGAGGUUCAAAUGUUGAUCUUGAAAACGUCAAACAUGUCUUUUCUCAGCUCGGUUAUAAACCACUGGUUCAUGAGAAUCUAAAAAAGCAGGAAAUUCUUGAUAGUCUUGACGUAACUAUUGACCGAAUCAACAAAGAUGACGCCAUACACAGUUCUCUCUGUAUGUUCUUCAUGAGUCAUGGUAAUCAGGAUGGUAUCUCCGGUACGGAUGCUACCAGGUACAACCCCAGCAUCGUCACAAGAUUCGAGAUCAAGAAAAAACUUUCUGGUCGAAAAUGCAAAGCCCUUGUAGGAAAGCCAAAACUGAUCUUCUUCCAGGCGUGCAGAGGAACUACGUUUACUCGUAAUGCUGAUGAGCUUGACGCCAUUCCAGCACCAAGGGCGUCUUUCGAAGUAGACUACGUACCAUCUGAGAGCAAUGAAGAACCUUUGGAGGUAGACUUCAUUGAAAUGGAUUCAAUUAACACUGAUGACAGCAAUGACUUAGAUGUUGAUGGUGGAGGAGAGUUACCUGAUAACUCAGAUAUCUUUGUUGCAAAUGCAACAUCAAACGGUUAUAAUUCGAUAAGAAUGAGGAGAGAUGGGUCAUGGUUUAUUCAAGCAAUUUCAGAGAUCUUUCUUGCGCAUGCGCACCAAGACGAACUUAAUGAGUUGAUGAGAAAGGUAACGUGCCUUGUGACGGAGAGUUAUCGGAUAAAUCAUUUUGAGGAAGCGACUAAACGAAGCUUUGAGGUUCGUCAAACUCCAGCUUACGAAAGUCAAGGAAUGAGAAGAAAAUUUUACUUUCUACCCAAGUAUCCAUGAAAAUAAUGCGAUAUUAAACGGUUCAGUUCCGUAUAUACGUAGCAAUAUUAUCGAGUGGAAACAUGCACAUUCACUAAUCAGAUUACGUUUAAAUAGCAGUGUGUUUUGUGGCAAAUAAGUUGAGGAAAACCUUCUUGAAUGAGUUUCUAAGUGAUAAUGUACAUUAUUAUAUUUAGGCUUUAUCUUCUCCAUUCUACGAGCGAGCUUUUUGUAAUUAUGUCAAAAGGAACUGUUGCUGGCCGGGCUAGUGCCAUGAACGUCUCUUGAAGGUGUGUGCGCUCAAUAAGUUAUCACAAUUGUAUAUAAUAUUUUAAAAGAUACUGAGCAGUUUUUUUGUAGUCAUGAAAGCUAUGUGUUACCAAGGAGGUUUCAUAGAAACUUCUUGGUGUUACUUAAUCACUUCUUAAAAGCACUUUUUGUAAUCAUGAUCUGGGGACCGUUUCAUAAAGCCUGAUCGUAAGUUAAGAGCGACUUUAAGA